CCGGAAUGGGGCCCGACUUUGGAAUCAGUAAUUGGACAAAGUUUGGGUGCAUUUGGGGUAAUUGACUAUCAUGAUCAGAGGCUAUUGGCCGAUAUUAUGAAACGAUACAAUUGUCAAUCUUCAAUAUUAGUCAAUGGUCUUGAUAAGUUUGAUUAUAAACCACGUAUCUUGCAGAUUGACGAUGAGUAUGUAAAGAGACUACUCAUCAACAGUCUCCGUAUAGAAUCAACGGUCUUAAUCGUAAGACGUGCUGAGGCUGAUGAGGUUAUGUAUAAUGAAGGACGAGGAUAUCCUCACAACGUUAGCCGGUGUUAUACUAUGGAUGGAUAUCGUAUUGGUUCCAAAAACGGCGGUUUCCUAUCACAAGCAAUACCUAGGCAUUACGGCACUUCUAGAUUUACCAAUGAUAUUGAUUCACAGAUCCUACGAACAAAUCAAAGGCUAUCUGAGAAUAAAAGCUUGUUUGAACGAUACAGCAAAGAACGUGAGAAAACAAGCACAGAGGUCAAUAGACUGGAGAGGCAACGUGAUAGUCUCAAGUCGGAAAGUCAAACGCUCAAUCAACGAAAUGUCCAGCUUCGCGCAGAAAUACAACAACUGCGAGAUAAACUUCAGGAAGAUGAACCGGCCAACAUAAUGGAUGAUAUAAAAGAAAUAGAAACGGAAAUUGAAUUAUUGACCAAGCAAUUUAUCGAGCUGCGACAUCAAUCUGACAAGAUAAAUGAAGAACAGCGUCCUCUAGUUACCAGAGCUGAAGAAGUGCAUCGGCAGCUUUUGGCGAUGUCAGAAGACGCCACUAAAUUUAGAGACCUAGUGGAAGCAAAGGUGACUGAACGGCUCAGGCUAACGUCUAAUAUAUCAUAUUUUACAAACAAACUUGAUGCUGAGCGCCGAAAAGUUACCAGUCUGGAGGAAGACUUGACUAGAAAAAAGACGGCGCUGGAGGAAACAACAAAACAAGCCGAAGCGUAUUGCCCAGAACGAGUAGAAGUAACUAAAACAGCGAGCGUUCUUGACCGGGAAAUCAAGCAGAUUCAAUCAAGACUAGCAGAGAGAGAGAGAGAAUAUGGGAAAAGCCUCGAAGAAGUAGGCGCUGAUAUGAAGAGGAAGCGCGAAUCUUUUACGAGAGCUCGAGUUGAAAUCAGCAACCAAGAACUUUUCAUUAGGGAGUUGAAAAACGCACUGCAAAGUCGUAUGCGCAAGUGGCACGUCUUUAGACAAUACAUUGCUUUACGAGCUAGGAUUAAUUUUUGCUGGCAGUUGUCGAAACGUGGCUUCCACGGGAAACUCAAUUUUGACCAUGAGCAUAAAAAACUAAGUUUGAAGAUUCAAAUAGAUGAUCAAAUGGGAAAGAGUUCAGAUAAGGAUCCAAGAUCACUAUCUGGUGGCGAGAAGUCAUUCUCGACGAUAUGCUUCCUCUUAUCCCUAUGGGAAGGCAUAUGUUGUCCAAUAAGAUGUUUAGACGAAUUUGAUGUAUUCAUGGAUGCUGUAAACCGUCGAAUAAGCAUGAAGAUGAUGAUUGAAAGUGCACGCGAGGCCGAUUGUAUUCAGUAUAUUCUGAUUACACCUCAAGAUGCUAGCAGCAUGUUACCUGGGCCGGAUGUACGAAUUCAUCGGCUGCUUGACCCAGAGAGAGGACAGGCAACACUACAACUUACGAGCGGAUGA